UUCGUUUCUAUCAGUUUUUAUUUGGAAUGUAGUAGUAAAUUGAUAACGCUGUUAUAAUUUAUAUUUCUAAAAGAAAAUAUCCUUUUUUAUGAUGUUUUAUAAAUUAUAAAUAGUAACAGUUCAAAUACAAAAAUUAUUAGAAUCGUCCAUAUUAUAUCAACAAUAUUUCUUUCAGUUUUUAGUAUCUAAGCAACGGCUAUGAUGUAAAUCCAGGAAAAAGUAACUAUUUAUGUGACAUUUGGAUCCUGCACUCUUUAAUUACAAUUUCGAAAACAUGGCUCUCAAAAAUAUACCUCUACAAGAACAUUACGACUAUCCAAAAAUCAUCGAAACCGGUCAAAUUGUGGUAGUAAAUAACCCUUUGAUGCUAUAUUCUCCUUCUAACUCAAAUGACUGCUCCCUAGUUUUAAAUUCUUGCAAAGAUACCAAUUUUACUCAGAAUUUACCUGAUUUAGUACUAGAUGCUAAAUAUUUUCAGUAUGAAAAUGGCCAAAAUAGUCCUAAAACUGUCUUCGAUUUUUCAAAGAAAUUUGAAUUUAGUUCCGAAAAUAGGGUACACGAAAGUGUGGCUGUCUUGGAAGUUUAUGGUAAUGAACCAGAUAAGCCUGAAUUUAUUGACAUUAGUAAGUUGUCAGAACUUACGGAAAAAUCGGGCAGCAGUAAUGGAUGUGAUGUUUUCGAGUUAAGUGACGACGAAGUUAUUUUUGUAAAAGAGUAUAAAGAAAAUGAUGCUACCUGCUCAACUGAUAAAACAGCAUCGUUAAUUGAACCGAAAAAAGAUGAUGGUAAUAUUAGGCGAAAUCCUGUUCGAAAUGUUAGAAACAAGUCCAGAGAUCUUUCCAAAGAAUUACUAUUUGAAGAAGAUUUUGCAUUUUUGGAUGCAACUGACGAUGAAAUUGAAGAAAAAGAAAACAAGGAUAAUGAAAAAGUCAGUCUGCCAAAAGAGUGGCCGAUAAAUGUUCACGAACGACCAGAGUACAACGCAGUGACGAAUAAAAUCGAAUCAUUUGAUUACACAAUUCGGGAAAUUCAAAGAAGCUCGCAUACUUUCAAAAAGCCCAAAGUAGACGCAGUAACGAAAAAAAAUCCAAAGAAAAAAUCCGUAGUUAGAAGAAGGCGAACUCGUACACCGCGUGAAGGGAAGAAAGUAUCCAUAGAAGAACUAAAACCUUUAGUUAACACCGCGACUGAUAUGCUUAAAGAUUUUUUCAUCAAUAGUAAAAAACACAAAGACUUGAUUUCUUCAAAAUCGGAAAUAUGUAGCUUUGAAAAUAAGUUGGAGAUUUUAAAAAAUCAAGCUUUUUUAUUCGCCAUAGUUAAUAAUUUAGAUCAAAAUGAAGUUGUAGAGAAAUUUAAGUUGUUGAAUGUAGAUAGUGAAUCAAAAAGCUGAAAUAGUAUAGCCUUUUAAUGCUUUUGUAUGUUAUUUUAGUUGCACAGUUUUUGUCCACACGAAUAUGUAAAUAAAAGUUUCGUUUUGUUUAUGAUACAUUAUAUUUAAUU